AGCAGGUGCAUGUAGAUAUCAAGAUGGGCAUCAGAGAGGACCAAGUGUGACAGGACAAAGGCUGUGGGCUGAAAGGAACAAGGAGAUGACUGGCAGCUUCCCACGAAGCUCUCGACUCUGGUUUAUGAUUACCCAGGAGCCAGCCAAUAGGGCACCAGCCUGGCUCUGUUCCCCGAGGUGGAACUUGUCUUUGCAGGUUCCAGAUGUCAUCCUGGACACUCCACUGUGGCAGCAGGGGAAUAUUUGCUGACACCUGCCAUGGGAGCAUGGGAUUCUGAAAUUUAUCAAUCUUGAAGAGGAAACGCAGCUGGGGACAGCACAUCUUCCUUCCACGAGGGCUAUAAGAAAGUAAUACAAGCAGAUUGGAGUGUCUCUUGUGGAUGCUGAGACUUGAGACAAAGUUUUCCCAUGGCUUCUUUUCACAUUCGCCAGUUCCAGGAGAGAGACUAUGAGCAGGUCGUGGAUGUGUUCUCCAGGGGCCUGGAGGAGCACAUCCCCAAUGCCUUCCGCCACUUGCUGCUGCUGCCCCGGACCCUCCUGCUCUUAGUUGUGGUGCCUCUUGCCGUAGUCCUGGUGUCUGGAUCCUGGCUCCUGGCUGUUGUAUGUAACUUCUUCCUGCUUGGAUUCUUGCGGUUCCUUGCUAGUUAUCCCUGGAAGAAUUAUGUGUCUACAUGUUUGCACACUGACAUGGCUGACAUCACCAAGUCCUACCUGAGUGUGUGUGGCUCAGGUUUCUGGGUGGCAGAGGCUGGAGGACAAGUGGUGGGCCUAGUGGGGGGUCUGCCAGUCAAGAAUCCUCCAUUAGGGAGGAAGCAGCUACAGCUCUUUCGCCUGUCUGUGUCCUCACAGCAUCGAGGACAGGGGAUAGCGAAAGCACUGGUCAGAACUGUCCUCCAGUUUGCACGGGACCAGGGCUACAGCGAUGUUGUCCUUGAGACCAGCCUUUUGCAGCAAGGUGCUGUAACCCUCUAUUACAGCAUGGGCUUCCAGAAGACAGGAGAAUCCUUCAUGAACAGACUCACAUGGCUUGUGGAUCUCUCUCUAAUUCAUUUCAUAUACUCACUCCCCUCUGCUCAGGAACAUGAGCUGUGACCGUCUUCCUCUGUGUAUCUGUCAGCCUCCAGCUCACUGUGCUGUGGAAAAAAAACAACCCUGAUAUUGUAGUGGACAAAUCAUGAAAUUGUCUCUGUCAUCUUCAUUGUAUUCCUGUCUCUUUGAUGGAAGGUAAAAAACUAGAGCAAUGAAGUGCUCUAUUUCCUUUAAAUAAAUUCCUACAGAGGGA